CAGCUCGGUGCUUCCCCCGCCCGCAUCCUUCUCUCUCUCUCUGGCGCUCAUCUCGUAGUCCAUGGUUCCGUUUGCUUACUUCUGGACCCGGACUUCAAGGAGGAUGCGCUUAUUUUCAGGAGCGAGCGCGCAAACUUGUCUCUCCGUCUAGACGCCGCCGGUCAGUUUAUAGAUGCUGGCCGCGCUGGAAUGAACCAUGGCGCGGCUCCGGGUUGUCCCGAAGCUCUGGUGUCCGCUCCUGCUGCUGAGCCUGGCGGGUUUGCCGCCGGCGUCCGGCGCGCCUGCUUUCCAGGGUUUUUACCUCCCACCUGUGAACGGGUCGCUGCUCGCACCUGCCCGGAGGACGGACGGCAUCGUGAGGACCAUUGACCGGAUUUACCACGGGGGAGGGAGGGUGGGCUACCUGGUCUACCUGGAUGGAACUCGGUUUCAGCUGGACAUGGAGCGGGAUGAAUCGGCGCUGUCGCAUCACUUCAGCCCUCGGGACGUGCUCGCUCUGAUGGGAGGUCCUGCUCCGGCGCAGCGGGAGUGCGUCUACCGGGGGACGGUGGACUCGAACCCGGAGUCCCUGGCGGUGUUCAACCUGUGCGGAGGGGGUCUGGAGGGCUUCUUCGCUGUCGAGCACGCGCGCUACACCGUCACUCCCAUUGUCCGAGCGAGGGGACACGAACACGACGCGCGCGCGCUGCAGGACAAGGACGCGGAGAACGCGCUCCAUGUGUUCACGCGCGAGCGCUUCGCCUUCGAGGAGACGCGGGAGGCGCGCGACAGCUGCGGGACGCGCGAAGGGCGCAGGAACGCACGGCGCCGGGGUCACGCCGGCAGGAGGUGGUGGAGCCCCGCGCGGCGCAAGCGCUCCGUGUCACGCGCCCGGCACGUGGAGCUGCUCCUGGUCGCGGACGAAACCAUGAGCAAGAAGUACGGCAAGGACCUGAACCACUACUUGCUGACGCUGGCCUCCAUCGCCUCCAAACUGUACGGACACGCCAGCAUCGAGAACCCCAUCCGCCUGUCCGUGGUGAAGGUGGCCACGGUCACGGAGAAGGAGAAGGGCUUGGAGGUUUCGAAGAACGCAGCCGCGACUCUCAAGAGCUUCUGCAAGUGGCAGAACCAGCAGAACCCCCUGGACGACGACCACCAGCAGCACCACGACGCGGCCAUCCUCUUCACCAGGCAGGAUCUCUGUGGCCACCACUCCUGUGACACCUUGGGCAUGGCUGACGUGGGCACCAUCUGUUCCCCGGAGAGAAGCUGCGCUGUCAUCGAAGAUGACGGGCUUCACGCUGCAUUUACCGUCGCGCAUGAGAUAGGUCACUUGCUAGGUUUAUCCCAUGACGACUCCAAAUUCUGCGAGGAGCGGUUUGGCGUCAACAGUGACAAGCGUCUUAUGUCGUCCAUCCUGACAUCGAUCGACGCCUCCAAACCGUGGAGCCGCUGCACCUCAGCGACGAUCACCGAUUUCUUUGACGACGGCAACGCUGAAUGUCUUCUGGACACUCCCCGACAACCCCUUCUGGGACCAGAGGAGCUUCCGGGACAGAGCUAUGACGCAGUCCGUCAGUGCCGUCUGGCCUUUGGCCCGGAGUACACUGUCUGCCCGGGCAUGGACGUCUGUUCUCGGCUGUGGUGUGCCGUCAUCCGCCAGGGACAGAUGGUCUGUCUAACCAAAAAGCUGCCGGCUGUAGAGGGAACCCCCUGUGGAAAAGGACGCAUCUGCCUUCAGGGAAAGUGUGUCGACAAAACCCGCAAGCGCCACUAUUCGGCAUCCAACCAUGGUAGCUGGAGCUCCUGGGGUUCGUGGGGAUCAUGCUCAAGAACCUGCGGCGGUGGUGUGCAGUUCGCUCAGCGAUUGUGCAACAACCCUCCACCACGUAACAACGGGCGCUACUGCACUGGGAAGAGGGCGAUCUAUCGCUCCUGCAAUGUCACACCAUGUCCACCUUCAAACAAGAGUUUCAGGCAGGAGCAGUGCGAAGUGCGAAAUGGUCCACAGACUGAUCCAAAGGGGGUGAAGACCUUUGUUGAAUGGGUGCCUAAAUAUGCUGGAGUCCUUCCUAAGGACGUAUGCAAGUUAACCUGCAGAGCGAAGGGAACAGGAUACUAUGUAGUGUUCUCCCACAGGGUGACGGACGGGACAGAAUGCCGUCCAUAUAGCAGCUCUGUGUGUGUGAAGGGGAAGUGUGUGCGGACGGGCUGCGAUGGUAUUAUAGGCUCAAAGCUGCAGUUCGACAAGUGCGGCAUAUGUGGAGGUGACAGCACCGGAUGUGUCCGGGUGGUUGGAAACUUCACGAAGAAGAGCAAAGGCUACACUGAUGUGGUGAAGAUUCCGGCAGGCUCCACCCACAUCAAGAUUCGCCAGCACAAAGCCAAAGACCAGACGCGAUACACUGCUUACCUCGCCCUUCGCAGAGCCAGCGGAGAGUACCUCUUAAACGGAAAGUUCAUGAUAUCAACCUCAGAGACCAUCAUCCCCCUCAAUGGGUCUGUGCUUAACUACAGUGGGUGGAGUCAGAGGGAUGAAUGGCUUCACAGCAUGGGCCCUGGGGCAAUACAGGAGGCUUUAGUGGUUCAGAUCCUUGCAACAGAUGCCAAGAAACCUCUGGAUGUUCGCUACAGCUUUUUCAUGCCUCGUCCUCCAUCUAAAACCCCGAACCCAGAAAGAUUUCAUGCUAGUUCCACAACCACGACGACGACCACAGUCAGUACCCUCACACCGAUGGUCCCUACACGUGGCCUGGAUCCAGGACGUCCCACUGCUAUUCCUUCCACUCCGACGCCAGGCCCGAAAUGGGUGACGGGACAGUGGAUGGCCUGCUCCAGGACUUGUGACACUGGUUGGCAAAGCAGAACAGUACAGUGCAAGGACGUGGAUGGGAAGCUAUCCAAGGGCUGCGUGCUGAGUGCCCGGCCUUCCGCCUUCAAACCCUGUCUGGUCAGGAAAUGUUGAGUUGCUGGGGCUCGAAUGGCAGCGACAAGAACUCUGGACAGAACAGUAGAAAUCUGUAAAUCUGAACACCUCGUGCAGGAAUGUGGAUUGAAAUCUCUCAACUGGACUGUGAAUGUUGGCUUGGGUGAUUUUGACCAGCCUCGCAGACAUGAAUGUGUCGGAUGGGCUCCUAUGAUAGCUGCAACUAUAGUCACCAUGUAACAAAGAAUUGAUGUUGCAUGCCAUUUCCAAGUCUUUCUCUCUGUCAAGAGUGCGAUAUAAAUAUUGUCAUCAGAAGUGUUUGAGACGACAGCCCCAGCUUUGGUAAGCACAACUGACCCACUUGCUUCGACUAUCAGCCAGCGUUGACGCCAGUCUAAAAGGAAAGACAAAAACAUGUUCACGCCAUUCUAGAGAUUAUUCAGACUUCUCUCAGACAGCGUGGGGUUAUUGUGUAGAGCUAUCAUAUCUCUGGCUUUUAAGCCCCGUCUGACUGAUCUCCCUCUGAAAGGCGUGACGGCAGCAAACAGCAGAUAUCUUCCUCUGUUGACAUUGCUGUUGACACAUCUACUGUUCAUGGAAAUACAGCGUCAGUUUCAGCAGGUCUUCGCAGCAGAAGUUCAAGCAUGGUGUUCAAUUCACUGACUUAUGAACUUUCUAUUCUUGUAUAUAGAGUUACCACAGAGCCACGAUGCAGUAGCUGUUAUAACCAUACAUACUUGAUGUUGUACCCAUGAACUGGCACAGUCUAUUUUAUGAACAAAAUGGUAUUUUUUCAUUUAAUUGUGGUACAAACUUGACUAACGGCAUCCAAACAGCCAGGGACUGAAUCUUCUGACACAGACGGGACGGAGGGAAUGCACAGUGGCCUUCAGCUGACAAGCCUCGCAAGUAUGACAUUGACAAAGGGUCAAAGCUCCUGAACGUUUACGGAGGUUAAAGAUGGUAAACAAAUGCUUGAUUUAUUUUGUGUGUGUGCGUGUGGCCGACCUGGGGUGUCAGCGCAGCGUGUUCAACUGUCUUACUAUGCAUCUUUGAGCCUUUCACUUGGAGUCGGAGAGGACCUCAGUGAGCGGGGUGACUCGGCUACAAGAUGGAAUGUUUCCUCCAACUGAUCAAUGUGUUACAGGUUACCACUAUAAUGUCUCUCACACACAAAUGCAAACCUCGGAUACUUGCAAUGUUCUUUGGAGGUGAAACUUCAACAUGUCUUGUUUGCGUGUGGUGCCAUGGGACAUGUUUGAUGUCAGCCAUUUUAUCAAGUCGAUCCAUGAUCUAAAAUCUUCGAGCGAUUUAAUCCGCAUUGAAAUAAGCAUCAAGAUGGCUGGCUGUUAAACUUCAGAUUCAUGUGACGGCUGAAAUAAUGAUAGGGAAUAGUGGUACGCCCCUUCUUAAUUUUGUUGUUUGCAGUCAAAUGAAAGCAAAACUAAGGUGUUAAAUGGAUUCAUUUUGAUUAAUGAAUUAUCGACUAAAAUAAUUCAUCCAAAUAAUCGAUUACUCACCUGUAAACUUUCAGUCACAGGGGUCAUUUACCAGGAAACCAGUUCCACUAUACUCACAUGAGAACGUGAUGUCAUCGCCAAAACAUCCGUGUGGAAGGAGACUGAAUUCGAUUGCACAGAUCAAUUGCGAUUAAUCGCGAUUAAUUAAUGAUAAUGAUUUGCUUUUCCCUCCUAAGACAAACAGUUCCACAGUUUCUUUUGUUUCCCAUGUGACUUGACCCACAAGCCUCCAGUGCAUCUCUGGUGAACACCACUCAGCACAUCCCCUCAGUCACAUCUUCACACACAUCUGAUUCUUCCUAACUGGCAGUAUGACUGAAACACGGCACUGAGCUUGUAAUUUAUUGUUUGUACAACUGGUAUGUGUGAAUAAAGAAAACAAUGAGCUGCAUUUUAUUUAUUGUAGUAAUUUUGUAUCAAAUUACUAUUUAACGUAGGAAACAUGACUGUGCAGAAUCAUUUCUUUGUAAAAAAUAGUGUAUAUUUUUUAGUCAUCCACCUGGAUAU